AAGUUUGGAUUUGGGCUGGUUGUUUUUGUGGUUUUUGUUUUAAUUUUGUAAUUUUUAAUUUUAAUUUGUUAAUAUUACAAAUAAUUUUUUUUAAAAAUAAAAAAUAUUAUUUUAAUAUAUUUUUAAACAAAAACAAAUGUUAUUAAAAACAGUACCAAAAUAACUAUAACCUGUGCAAAUGUCCAUGUAACUCAUGUUAGAUUCCAUGUCGGCCACUUCAAAACCGAAAGUACAAAGAAACUAAUCAGACCCAACGUCGGCAACAUGAAUUCCAGGACCAUUCACUUCAAAAGAAAAGUCGACAGCCCUUCUCGUUCAACCUCAUCCUCAACACAAAGCAAGCUUUGCUGUCUUGCCAAAUGGAUAAAAAAGAGGAAAUUGCACUUUCCCGGAUGAGAAAAUCAGUCCAAAAACUCGGUGGUUCUACUGAGAGGUAUGGGGACCCAACAUUGACAAGGUUCUUGAAGGCAAGAUCAAUGGACUCGGAAAAGGCAGCAAAAAUGUUUGUGCAGUGGCAGACAUGGAGGGCUAGUUUUGUUCCAAAUGGGUUUAUUCCUGAAUCUCAAAUUCCUGAUGAAUUGGAAUCAAGAAAGGCCUAUUUGCAGGGUUUAUCAAAAGAUGGUUAUCCAGUUUUAAUUUUCAAAGGAAGUAGGCAUUUUCCCUGCAAGGAUCACCUUCAAUGCAAGAGGUUUGUGGUAUAUAUGUUGGACAAAGCUGUUGCAAGGGCAAUUAAAGAGCAUGAAAUAGGAAAUGAGAAGUUCAUUUGCCUUGUUGAUCUUCGGCAACUAACAUAUAAGAACUUUGAUCCUCGCGGAUUAAUCAAUGCUGUACAAUUUCUGCAGGCUUACUAUCCUGAGCGUUUAGAAAAGAUGUACAUGUUAUUCAUGCCCCGAUUCUUUCAAAGUGUUUGGAAGAUGGUUUGCCACUACCUCGACAAAGGAAUAAGAGAAAAGACUGAGAUAGUGAAGAAUGAUGAAAAAGCAAGAAUCGAGUUUGUAAAAAAAAUUGGUGAGGAGGUCUUACCCAAAGAGCUUGGUGGCCGAGCACAACUUGUAGCUCUGCAAGAUGUUAUAGUGCCCCAAUUGAACUGAAAUAAUGCUGAUAUAGAGAUCAGAAGAGCUAUAAUCAAAUUUUUUUUUUUUUUUUUGGAUCUUCCUUUUGUGUGAGUGUUAACUAGUUCUUCUUGUUGACCAUUAUAGCAUUAUAAUUAAGGGUUGUGACAAGCUUUACUCUGCUGAAGAUUCAUGCUUUGGCUAUGAAUAAUACGUUUUCAAGAUUCACACUUGAUUAUUA